GGUUAAUAGUUGUUAACUUAUAACUGGUCAGCGGUUCCGAUAAUUAAAUAAUUCGAACAUAAAUAGUAGUUGUCUGUCUUUUGGUCUAAAAGUCGUAUAACUCGAGAUGACGGAUAGGUCUUGUUCUCGUCAAGACCUGGGUUCAAGUCCUUAGAGUUAGAAAAUGUUCAAUGUUUUCGUCAUUCUUUACCCAAAUGAGCUGAUUUUUUUUCUGAGUAUAGUAAGCGGAUAGAAGUGUCUAUCCAUCACAAAACAGACCAUUUAUGAACAUAAAACAAACAAUUUUUUUAACGCUAUAAGUAAACUUUACAACGAGGUUUUUUCUGAUAGUUAUAUGCUGAUGCUAUAGUAUAUUCUUUUAUUUAUUUAACCAGAAAUGUAACUGAUAUGUAAGCCUAGUUUGAGACAAAUUGUCCUCCAUUAUUCAUACAGACAUGAAGGCGCUGUUGAACAGAACGACAUACUUUGCGACACAUUUCUUCUGGUAUCUGUUCACAUGCUUCUUCGAUUCUCUGUUUAAGCUCUUGAAUGGAAGUAAGUGGCUGUUUAAACACCGUGUCUUUCAAAUAUCCCCAGAGGAAAAAGUCACAUGGAGAUCUCCACUUACGUCCUGUAGCAGUUCCAAGGUCCGAACUGCACAAAUGAAAAAUCAGUUCGAUUGUCUAUCAUUCAUCCUAUAGAAUCGCUAGAGCUAAAGAAACAUAGUUCGCUUGAAAACUAACUUCUGAGUUUUGCAGCUGACAGAUUUUACUUUUAUUUCAGAUGAUGAUGGUAAAAAACAUAGCAGUAGCACAGGUCAUCAACUACGUGCGUUCUCCACUAUAAAAUUUGAAAUUACAAAUGAAGCUAGUUUAAAACAAUGUCAUGAAAUUGAUAACAAUGAUUAUAUUGUUGCCAGUGGUACGACAAAGAAAUGGUCUGAAAUGAAAUCAGAUUAUUCAGCAUGGAAUUUUGAAUUGUUAACAAUGAUUGAAGAAUCAAAUAGAUUAAAAUCUAAAUUUUUGUAUGUGUGGUUAAAAGUUGGAAAAGUGUUCUGUGAAAAAUUUGGUAUGGAUUACGUAUCAAUUAAUACAGCACAACCAGCACUAGCCGCUUAUCACUAUGUAUUAUUGUUAGAUAGUUCAGGGUCUAUGAAUGACGACAGAUGGCAAAAUUUAUUCGCCGGUGUUAAUAAAUUAGUCAAAGCACGAAUAACUAGCGGUACAGCUGAUCGUUGUAUAAUUAUAACAUUUAGUAGUCAUGCUGAUUUCUUUUGUGUUGAUAAAACAAUGAAGGAGAUUGAUAUAACAAAAACUCCAUAUAGUGGUAUGGAAACGAAAUUUGGUCCUGCAUUUUAA